CUCCUUCCAUUACUUACGGAUCGAUCUACGACAAGUCGGCGACUUCUCCCAAAACUAAACCCUAGCUUCUUCUUCUUCUUCUUCUUCACUUUCUUCAGAGAAAUCGAUCUGGGUUCGUUGUUAAUGGCGCCAUUUCUCAAUUCGAGUGAUACUGAUCCACCGCCGUCGCCUAAAAUCGAAAACCCCGUCGACACCCUAGACGAGUCUUCACCUACCGCGCCGAUUCGAGCUCUCGUUGCUCACUCUCUCGCUCUCUCGUCACCGAUUCGCCAGAUUCAGAAUCAGCCUUCUUCUCCGGCGAAACCCUUAACCGAGAUCCAAAACCCAGAUGAAUCUUCCUCUUCUCCUUCGCAUAAAACCCUGGUUACGCCUCCUUCAGUCGGUAUAGAGGAAAGCGAGUGCAGAGACUCUCAAAUCGUGCCGCAAUCUCAGAUUUCGCCUGACGACAACAAAAUUCUCCAAACCGCGAGCACUUCAUACUCCCUUGACGCCAACAUAGACUCGUACAAUCGCUCACCAAAGAGAUUCAUAUCGGAUUUUGACUAUCAAAGCGACGAUGAUCUCAAAAUUGGGUCCACAAAACCUGGAGAAUUCUCAUGGUCGUCUCCGAAGAAUGAACCCACCGGUGUUGGUGCUGGAUUAGAUAAUUCAGGCAACACUUGCUUCAUAGCUUCAGUGUUGCAGUGCUUCACUCAUACUGUGCCCCUUAUCGAGAGUCUCCGCUCAUACAAACAUCAAGUCCCUUGCAACUGUGGCAAUGAGAAGUUUUGUGUUCUUCAGGCUCUCCGAGAGCACAUUGAGCUUGCUCUGAGGUCUUCGGGAGAUUCUUUAAGGAUUGAUUGGUUUCGUGAUAAUCUAAAUUAUUUCUCGCCGGACUUUCAAAUUAACAACCAAGAAGACGCUCAUGAGUUUCUACAGUCGUUUCUGGAUAAGUUAGAGAGAUGUUGUUUGGAUCGUAGAGAUAAGCCUGGCUCUGUCUCUUCUCAAGAUGGUAACAUUGUUGACCAUGUCUUUGGUGGGCGUCUCGUGAGUAAGCUUCAUUGUUGCAACUGCAAUUCCAUUUCCGACACAUUUGAGCCUUCACUUGGAUGGAGUCUAGAAAUUGAAGAUGUCGAUAACCUUAGUAGCGCAUUAGAGUCCUUUACACAUGUGGAAAAACUCGAGGACCAAUUUACAUGUGAUAACUGUAAGGAGAAAGUCUCAAAGGAGAAGCAACUUAAGCUUGAUAAGUUGCCGCUGGUUGCUACUUUCCAUCUGAAGAGAUUCAAGAAUGAUGGACUUUUUAUGGAGAAGAUCUUCAAGCAUGUGGAGUUCCCUUUGGAGUUGGAUUUGCUCCCUUACAUGAGCAGUAACGAAAAUCCUGAAGUUUCUACAAAAUACCUUCUUUAUGCCAUGGUGGAGCAUCUUGGGAGUGGGGUAUCUUUUGGUCAUUACUCAUCAUAUGUAAGAUCAGCUCCUGGGACAUGGCAUCAUUUUGAUGACUCAAAGGUCAGGAAAAUCAGCGAAGAAUAUGUUCUGUCAAAGCAUGCAUACAUGUUGUUUUAUGCAAGAGAAGGAACACCAUGGUUUUCUAGUGCUUUCGAAGAGCUGAAAACACUCUUUGAAGCUACUCCGUUAAAUUUCUCGCCAAAGUCAGUGCUUGAGACAACCUGCAGAGAGGAGUGUGUCAGUCACCACAAUGCUGGUAAUUCCAACAAAGCCUGUGACGACUUGCCAGGAGUAUCGAUCCCGGGUGAAAAUAACUCAGAUUUCCGUUGUGACGAGCCACAAGAAGACGUGUUUCAUUCAGCUGAGUCUAGUUGCGAUGAUGACCCUUUCAUGUUUGAUACUUUCGAGUCACCUAAGGCUGAUGGUUUUGAGAAACCAUUUGCUGGGACCUCUCAACAAGAAAAACCUAAUGUAUAUCCAGCCGGCAACAUAGCUACAAUCGAUGAGGUCGCUUCUGUGCCUGUUCUCAAAACUCAAGAGCAAGCCUCGUCUCCAAAACGGAAAGCUGACGAGAGAGCUACCAUUGGUGAAGCUUAUCGGCCUAAGCUCAAGAUUCAAAGACAAAAUUCCCUUCCAAAACGCCAAGGAACCUUUAAGAUCCAACGUGAUCAUUUGCAAAAGAAGAAUAGCAGAGAAGAAACUCUUAAAACAAAACCGUCUAAAAGAAUUGUUGCUGCAGAUCCUAGGGAGAAAGAUUGUGCUCUUUCAUAUCUCAGUAGGAUAUCUACGCAUCGCUCUCGGAUGCUCGCUGCAGCUAUAGACGUUUCGGUCAAGGAAAAGAAAGUCUCUAACCUCAAAAGACCGACGAUGGGUCUUCACAGGAAUCUCUCUGAACCUGCAAUGUAAUGAAAAUAUGGGUAAUAAAAAAAUAAAUCCAUUCAAGUUUCUUGUUGCUUUAAAGAGUUAGUUAGAGUAAAUGAAGAUUUCUUCUUUUGUUUUGUGU